GAAUGAUAAAAAAUGAAUGUUCAAGAUAAUGAAUAAUAAAAUUUCCCAAUUCUCAAUUUUUCAAACCGGAUUGUGUUUUAUAAAGUCUAAUUCUAUAUAAUUUACAUGUUCUCAUUUUUUACAAAAAUUAUUGAUAAAUUAUAAGAUGGAAGAUGGUAGAUAGUAGAUGAUAGAUGGUAGAUGCAGAUAAUAGAUGGUAGAUAUAGAUGGUAGACUGUAGAAGGUAGAUAGUAGAUGAUAGAUCAUAGAUGGUAGAUGGUAGAUUCAGGAUUCAGACGCGUGCGCCUUGAGAGGCGUUAUAAUCGCGCUUGCUGACGAAUUACAGUCAAAGACCUGAAGAAAAGCAUUUGGGCGUGGUUUUUGAACUCGUUGUAUCACUCUUAAAAGGCAGCAUAAGAAACUGAGUAGAAUUUAACGAAACAACGAAGUACAUACUAAAUAGUACAUUGAAUUUGUUAUGAAGAGGUGAAAAUAUGUGGCAUUAUGCAGCAAACGAUCCUAGAAUUAACAGAACACCAAAAGUUGAUUAAAAAACACAAUUUUAUUUGCUUAAAAAAGUUGUCAACGAGUGAUCGAGGCCAUUUAAAGUUAAAUGGCACGUCGGGGCGCGGUGACGUCACGGUUUAAACGUCACGACGCACAGGCAUUCAUAUCAUCGUUAGCGUCAAACUAUAUCGUGAGUUUGUAUACAAAUUACAUGUAUCUUGUAUCUAAAAUAUCACUGAGAACUAUUUACUGGUUAAUAUUCAGUAUUUGUAAACAUAACCGAAAAUUAUACUUUUUAAAGUAAUGAAAAAUUUUUAAACAUAUAUAAAUAUUUAUAUUCUUUUAAUAUUUUAAACAUGUUUUCUAAAUGGUUAUUAUAAUUUAUCAUGCUUGGUAACUACUCGACUAAUUGUUUGAUACAAGUAAUAAAAAGUAUGUGAAUUUCAAUUAAUUUGAUAUACAAUGUAUCAUCAACGACUUAAAACUCCAUUCCAUAGACAUACGUCAUCUACGUCAAUUAUAUAUAUGCUUUUGGAUGGUGCUCUGUUGUGCCAGAAGCGUUAUGAUUAAAAUGAAAUUUUUAUAAGAUACAAAAUGAAUAACUGAAAAUUAAAGCAAGAUAUAGUGCCAUGCAGCCCCGCCUAGAUGGGAAGCUUGCCUUACUUUAUACAUUAUUAGUCUUGCAAGUUUUAAUUGUUAUGAUUUAUGUUGCUACAACUCCACCUUCCGAAUUAACUGUGUCUACAACUCAUACUUCUGUUACAUUUGUAAAAUUUGAAGAACCGCAGAAACCUCAAAUACAACAAACUAAUUAUAAAAAGUUUCCCAUCUACCAGACAAUCAAUGGAGAGGUAAUACUGAAAGAUGUCAAGACUUUUGCACUAUUUGAAGUAUAUAACCAUACCAUAUGUUGGAAAUAUGGAGUGGAUGAUCAGAAAAUGAGAAAUAGUGAAGAUCUUCAAAAAUGUAUUUGCGCUCAUGGAUGGCACGGUUCGGAUUGUGGUCAACCAGAAGUUGUUUGGAGAGCAAUUAUGGCAUCGAAACAGAAUAUUAAAUUAAAACAUCGUAAAAUAGCUAGACGUAUUAUUCAUGCAUUUUUUCUGCAUGAAUAUAAUUCAGCAAUCGCAGAGGUGAUAGUAGAGGAAUUAUACAAUGUAGUAGAUCUUUUUGUAAUCUGUGAUUUCAGUAAUGCAGAAGACAAUUUUCAUCAUAAGCUACUUAAAGGUUUAUUGCAACAUAAGCAGAAGAAGAUUUUAUAUAUUAAUGUAGCAACAAAGAUACACAAACCAUCAAGAGUAGUGUCUAAAUAUAUUUGGGAGAAAAUGAGAACUGUAGUACGAAAUCUAAGGGAUGAUGAUAUUUAUGUAACGACUGAAUCAGAACAAAUAUUAAACUCUAGGGCAUUAAUGUUCCUCAAGGUAUAUAAUGGAUGGCCACAACCUAUUGGUUUUAGACUAAGAUGGUCCGUUUAUGGAUUCUUUUGGCAACAUCCACUUAAAACAACAAUAACAGUUGGUGCCUGUACGAUUGGAUUAAUGCAUGAAGCUUAUCAAUCAAAUUCUAUCAUGUUGGAGCAAUUAGAAGGAGAUAUCAGCGAAAGAGACAGCCUAGGCCUAGUAAUAGGAGAUUUAAAUCAUUAUGGAGGAUGGUACUGUUAUCUAUGUCAAGCACCUGCAAAUAUUAUAACUAGUUUACAGAAUAAGAUCAAAUCCAAAGAAAUUGAAAUAGAUAAGACUAUAGAUGUACCAUUCAUUGAGGACCUAAUAGGAAGUGGAUUAUGGUUAGAUGGAAAAACUAAUCUCCUAAGAGUCUCUAAAUCUCGGGACCUCUAUUUUGCGCCUGAAACAAUAUUUAAUAAUACAUGGAAGUAUGACUGGCUAGUAGAAAAUUUUUAUGCUAAAUUAGACUAUUACUAACAUACUGGUUACACCUGACUGUGAUAUUAACUCAUAUUCAAUACUCAAUGUAAACUAUAUAAUAUUGUACUGAAUUUAUAUACCAAAAUAAUAUGUUGAAUGAAUUGUGAAUGUUAAAUGAUUUAUAUACAUAUAACUUAUAAAAAAAUUAAUUAUUACUAUUGUUUUUAUUUAUAUCCUUUCAUAUAUUACUA